AUGAGUAACCAUAGCCAUCACGUUGAUGGAGUUGGGAGAUUUUCCAUGUUAGCACAAGGCGCAUUAGACGAAGUUCCUUCAGAUAUUACUGUUGGUGUAAGAAUAUCAGAAAAUGAUGAGUCACCAGUAACAUUUGAAGAAGCACAGGAUGAGUCUGGAACUGGAACAUAUCAAAUUGUAUUAUUGGUAGUAUGUGGUUUAGUGAAUAUGUCUUGUGCUAUAUCUACGACAGCUGUGUCAUUUAUUUCACCUGCGGCUGAAAUAGAUUUCGAUUUAAAUUCAACUACCAAAGGAAUAUUAAAUGGAGCGCCGUUUCUUGGAAUGGUAUUAGGAGCAUAUUUCUGGGGUGUUUUUGGUGAUUUAAAAGGAAGGCGACUUGUUAUCUUGGGAUCAAUGGGAAUGGAUACAUUCUUUACUAUACUUUCAUCCUUGGUACAGCAUGUUGAAUUGUUUUUCAUACUCAGAGUAGGGAAUGGAUUUGCUAUUAUUGGCGCUACUUGUAUGGUUUACGUGUACUUGGGUGAAUUUUUAACACCUUCCAAAAGAGACAGUUAUCUACUUUUUCUUGAAUUAUUUUGGGCUUUAGGAAUGCUGAUUGGGCCAGCUUUAGCUAUGGUGAUAAUUCCUAGCAACAUGGUUUUAAUUUCAACUGAAUAUUUCAAAUUUAAUGCUUGGAGAAUUUUUAUACUGUUAACGUCAAUACCAAGUUCAAUUUCAUUCAUAUUGAUUUACCAAUACCCAGAUACACCACGUUUUUUAAUGUUUCGAGGUUAUAUAAUUAAGUCCAGAGAAGUUCUUGAACAAAUUUAUUUAGUGAACAACAAAUUUACAACUGUACCUUAUCCGGUGCAAGUUUUCACUCAAACCCAUUCAGCCGUUUGGUUUGAUACAGGAUUUAUUGGAGGCAUACCGUUCAUGAUAAAUGUUAAAAAAAGAAUAACUGUUCUAAAAAAUGGUCACUUAACAUUAUUAUCUAAAUAUUUCAGAAAUAUCAUCGUGGCUUGUAUUAUAGAAUUUUGUAUAAUGGCAUCAUAUAUUACUAUUCUAGUAUGGGUACCUGAAUUGUUUUCUAGAUACUCUAAUUACAAACUACAAAAUUCAGAUGGUGUAAACUUAUGUACGGCUUCAGAAUGGCAUUUAAAAUACGAUAAGUUGUAUGCUGCACACGCAGUUUCAGGCAAUGCUUAUUUCGCUGCUUCAGUUGUGGCAUCUUCUACAAUACCUUUAGUACUAAUUACUGGGAUCAUAAUUAAAUAUGUUGAUAAAAAGAAAUUGCUAUUUAUGACUUGUGGAAUCCCAGCUAUAUUCGCAUCACUGGUCACAAUAACCCAUGAUGAUCUACAAGCAGAAUUAUUAUGUUGCCUAUUCGAAGGAUUAACUUCAUUAACAGAACCCAUUAUAUUUUGUACUAUUGUUGAACUAUUUCCCAGUAAUGUGAGAGGAGUGGCAUUUUCAAUGAUUGUGAUGAUUGGUCGACUAGGUGCUAUAUUUGGAAUAGUUGUUUUUGGUAUAUUGAUAGAUAAAAGUUGUUAUAUGACUUUUUAUGGCUUAGCUUUAUUAGUAUUAAUUGCAUUUAUAGCAGUGUCAUUUCUACCCAAACUAAAAAUUGGUGGUCAUUAG